CGGCAGACCAGGCCUGGCCAGCUGACGGCACACCAUGAGGCUGCUCGUCCUCCUGGGCCUGCUGUGUGGCUCGGCUGCCACUCCCUUGGGCCCACAGUGGCCUGAGCCCGUGUUCGGGCGCCUGGCGUCCCCUAACUUCCCGGGGGUGUAUCCCAACAACCGGGAACAGCGCUGGACCCUGACUGCUCCCCCCGGCUACCGCCUGCGCCUCUACUUCACUCACUUCGACCUGGAGCUCUCCUACCUCUGCGAGUAUGACUUCGUCAAGCUGAGCGCGGGGACCGAGGUACUGGCCACACUGUGCGGGCAGGAGAGCACGGACACCGAGCGGGCACCCGGCAACGACACCUUCUACUCUCCGGGCUCCAGCCUGGACGUCACCUUCCGCUCUGACUACUCCAAUGAGAAACCAUUCACGGGCUUCGAGGCCUUCUAUGCAACAGAGGAUAUUGACGAGUGCCAGGUGCCCCCGGGAGAGAUGCCUGCCUGUGACCACCACUGCCACAACCACCUAGGUGGCUUCUACUGCUCCUGCCGCGCAGGCUACGUCCUCCACCGGAACAAGCGCACCUGCUCAGCCCUGUGCUCGGGCCAGGUCUCCACCGAGCGGUCUGGGGAGCUCAGCAGCCCUGAAUACCCACGGCCGUACCCCAAACUCUCCAGCUGCACUUACAGCAUCCGCCUAGAGGAGGGGUUCAGCAUCAUCCUGGACUUCAUGGAGUCCUUUGAUGUGGAGACGCACCCCGAAGCCCAGUGCCCCUACGACUCCCUUAAGAUUCAAACAGACAAAGGGGAAUAUGGCCCAUUUUGUGGGAAGACAUUGCCUCGUAGAAUUGAAACAAAGAGCAACACUGUGACCAUCACCUUUGUCACCGAUGAGUCAGGGGACCACACGGGCUGGAAGAUCCACUACACGAGCACAGCGCGGCCGUGCCCUUAUCCGACGGCACCACCUAGCGGCCACAUCUCGCCUGUGCAAGCCGAAUACGUCCUGAAAGACAACUUCUCCAUCUUCUGCAACACUGGCUAUGAGCUUCUGCAAGGUCAUCUGCCCCUGAAUUCGUUUACUGCAGUCUGUCAGAAAGAUGGGUCGUGGGACCGGCCGAUGCCCGAGUGCAGCAUUGUCGACUGUGGCCCUCCCGAUGAUCUACCGAGUGGCCGGGUGGAAUACGUCACAGGUCCUGAAGUGACCACGUACAAAGCUGUGAUUCAGUACAGCUGCCAAGAGACCUUCUACACAAUGAAGACGGGUGACGGUGAAUAUGUGUGUGAGGCUGAUGGAUUCUGGACGAGCUCCAAAGGAGAAAGAUCGCUCCCAGUCUGCGAGCCUGUCUGUGGACUAUCAACGCGUACUACAGGAGGGCGUAUAUAUGGAGGGCAAAAAGCAAAGCUUGGUGAUUUUCCCUGGCAAGUGCUGUUACUAGGAGAAACGACCGCAGCAGGUGCACUGAUACACGACAACUGGAUCCUCACAGCGGCUCAUGCUGUGUACAAGCACAAGGAAGACGCAUCUUCCCUGGACAUCCGGAUGGGUGCCCUGAAGAGACUGUCACCUCAUUACACGCAAGCCUGGGCUGAGGCUGUUUUUAUACAUGAAGGUUAUACUCAUGAUGCUGGGUUUGACAACGACAUAGCGCUGAUUAAACUGAAGGACAAAGUUGUAAUCAAUAGCAACAUCACGCCUAUUUGUCUGCCAAAGAAAGAAGCUGAAUCCUUUAUGGGGACAAAUGACAUUGGAACCACAUCGGGAUGGGGAUUAACCCAAAGGGGUUAUCUUGCCAGAAGUCUAAUGUUUGUCGACAUACCAAUCGUUGACCAUCAAAAAUGUACCGCUGCAUAUGAAAAGAAGCCCUAUCCAGGUGGAAGGGUAACUGGUAACAUGCUCUGUGCUGGCUUGGAAAGUGGGGGCAAGGAUAGCUGUAGAGGUGACAGUGGAGGGGCAUUAGUGUUUCUAGAUAAUGAGACACAGAGGUGGUUUGUGGGAGGAAUAGUGUCCUGGGGUUCCGUGAAUUGCGGGGAAGCAGGGCAGUACGGGGUCUACACGAAAGUCAGUAACUACAUUCCCUGGAUCAAGAACAUAAUGAAUAAUUUUUGAUUUGCAUGUCUUCAAUCAGUAACUGAUUCCUUAUUUUUAGAAAUACUUAUAAAAGAUCUUAGCAGCAAUGUGACCUGAAAAGCAUCAACAUGGCAGUUGUUCUUCCACCCCCAAAACAAAACCAAACUCCAGGUGAGACUGCUGCUACUUUUCUGCUUGCCAGUUUAAUUCCAUCCUGACUCCAUUCAAGGCGACACAAACCAUUGUAGUGACAUUCAUCUUUGCCAAACCAAUAUAAACUCACUGCUUAAAUUACAUUUAAUAAACUCAGAAAGACCAGUAUCUUUUCAUACUGGCUGUCUGCAUUUCUAUAAAUUGCCUGUCCAGGCUCUUCGACUGUUUUUCUACUGUUUUUUAAACUUGUUUUUAUU